AUGUCCACCAUCCCAGCGGGGUACAUUCAGCCUCCAGGAUUGUCAAAUAUCCAGCCGAGGACCGAACAUGUCCCCGACCUUGUACAGUUCUUCCAGGCGCAGGAAUCACUAUCAAGCGGAUCUUCGCAAUCUGGCGGUGCUCGUGAGAUCUUUAAAGCGGGCCAGCGGCGCUUGCGACAGCUAGCUCAGCGCCCCAGAAGGGGUAAUGACCCCCAAACCAAAACCGAAGAAGCAUCUCGUCAGCUGCUAGCGCUCCAGCAAGAGGGGUUCUUGCCUAUAUCACUACCUGCUCCCAAGACCAAGAAAUCUGCUCCUAAACGAAGCAUCGAUUCUACGGUAUCUUCUUCCUUAUCAACUUCCAAUCACAGCUUCCAAUCGAGCUCUAGAAGGGAGGUGGAAAGCAUUGGACAGCCUUGGCUGGAGAGUUCCCUUCAAAGGCUAGAUACGCGUGAAACAAAGGGCAGCCGUCUGUCUUCGCUUGAUCUACGUGAUUUUACAUCAUUGAUUGACGCUGCAGGGCCUCAUCCUCCUCGUCUUGAGGAUGUGACCCCUCCGCCAUAUCAACCUUCAGCCCAGUUGAACAAUCCUCCGAAGGACAACCGUGAUUCGCAAGAUCAUUCUUUUAAUCCUGAAACUAGAAAUAUUUCGACUUCCAGUGUUAGCGAACCGGUAGAUGAGAUAGAAGCUUUGCCAAAGUUCCCAGAUAUUCCGGAUCGGACAAGCAGUCAUCACGCGAAGAUGUCUGUCAGUAUUAUCUCUUCAGACAACAAACAACAGUUGAACCCCGAACAGUCAGAGGCACUCAAACUAAGAGAACACAAGGAUGUCCCCGAAGCAGCAGGCAGAAGGUCCCCUCUAACCAAUGCCCCAAAUACCAUCCCAAGUCACUCAAAUCCAGCUGUACAAACUCUGAAGCUCUUUCCUGACACCACCCCUCCACGCAUGCCGAAUAAAGGAGCCCUGCGCAUAUCGAAUGGCUGCCCAUCCCCUGCCAUGGGGUCCUUACAACCCACCCCAGCGCAGCAAAGUUCCUCCGCCGCUAGCACUCCACAGAGCGAUGGGAAAACCAAACCUGCAUCUAGGACUUCAGGCUGUGAUGAUGAAUUUGAAAAGCCUAGCCGUAUGGGUCAUGUGCCCCAAAUGCAGCCUGCAAGCCUAAACAAAAGUACUGUGUCGAAUCCAGGACAUGAGAAGCUCUCCGUAGCUAGGAACAGCCGCCGCCCGGCAUCGUUACCCAUGGGCGCAAUUGAUGCAUUCCCUCUUCCAGCACCUAUGAGACCUUUGCCUGCACUGCCGGAAGGAGUUGCAGGGAUUCGUCCUAUUCAUGGACACGAGGCUCAUACCAGUAGAAAAAGUCCUCAAGUCGUCCAAAGGCAGCAAGACUCUCAGCUACCACCACGCUCUACAGAAGACGGUCCCAAGGGUAGCUCUGUGAAGAGAGUCAACCAUGUAUCAAUACCGGGUCGGACUGCAUCGGAUACUACCAACCCCGGAAUAGCAAAGGAUCGGGGGCAUGAACUCUCCAAGGCAGACACAUCGAGCCCAGCUAUACCUGUCCCUUCUGUAAGGGAUGUUCAGAGCCGAGCUGAAAGGGUUUGUGCGCUGAAGAAGAAGGACAUGUCAGCGAGUCGAAUUUAUUUGAAAGACUCGGACAGCCGCCCACUUGAAAGGGGGCGAUCUCUUUCCUCGAGACUCUCUGAAAGGACCUCAUCAGAAAAGUAUGGUGAAGCGACAGUUGCUCCACGGGACCGCGAUGAGGGAGCCCACAACCGAUGUGAAAGGGGACUUGCGGAUACCCAUUCGCCCCCACUUUCCCCUGUAUCGUGGAAUUCUCCUGAGCCAUCAACUGAAGCCCACGCGACUGGCAAUAAUGGCAGCUCGCUCGAUUGGGCUCACGCCACAUCAUUCGACACCCGCGGGCAUUCAUCGCUACCUGCCUCGAAAAGAAACUCUCAUUGUUACCCAAGCGGGGGUGCACGAAGCACAAGCGUUCUAGGCGAGAGGCUAAACAAUGAACUUGACCUUUUCGAACGCUCCGCAACCCCUCUCGCAUCCUCAGAAGAUGAAGCUGUGGAUUUUGGCUCGCACAAGCAACAGCCACACCCCAUUUCUAGCAGGCGACGACAACCUAGGUUAGCAUCCAUUGAGGUUGGUGAGCCUGCCACACACAAAACGCGUCAUACAAAGAAGCCGUCAUCCUACGAUUACUCCCGGCCCAUAACGCCUCGAAACCGCAGAAGCCAUGGCUUAGAGAAAGCUUCCCCUCAGUCACCAUACUACUAUCACGAAAAACGAGGCAGCCGCCAUCGCCCCUCUUACGUUCGGGAGCUUGAAAAGCGCAUUGCGCAUCUCGAGCAUCAAAACAAGACCCUUCAAGCUGCUCUUCUUGCGGCUUUAGAUGUGGGAGGCAAACAGAACGUAGAAGGCCUCCUUGGAGGAUCGUCCACCUCACUCUCUACUACCCCGACUGGUAGAUCCUUCUCAUCUAUGACGAACACAUCCUCUAGCCCUGGUUCCCAUGUCAUGAGGAACGAGCGGGCUGCACGCAGACGCCAGCCUCCGUACCGUCCAGAGACUUGGAUUGCCAGCCCAGGCUCCAGCCAGCGGAGUAGCUAUGGGUCGGAAGCAAGUGCUGACAUCCGAGAGCUGGAAAACAUGAUUGAGGAUUUUGAUUUUGGUUGGGUGUCGGAUCAAUCGAAUCCUGAGAGCACACAAAAACUCAAGAUAAGGGCUUAA